AUGGCAUCGGACGUGCACGUCGCCCCUGAGGUGGAGGAGUGGGUGAACCCAUUGUUCGCCACAACCGCGGAGGAUGAGGAGGCGGCAAAGGCUGCGGAUGCUGAGGAUGCCGGGGACCUGGAGGAGGAGGAGGAGGAGGAGGAGGAGGAGGAGGAGGAGGAGGAGGAGGAGGAGGAGGAGGAGGAGGAGGAGGAGGAGGAGGAGGAGGAGGAGGAGGAGGAGGAGGAGGAGGAGGAGGAGGAGGACGACGACGACGACGACGACGACGACGACGACGACGACGACGACGACGACGACGACGACGACGACGACGACGAUGUGGAUGACGAGGAAGAGGAGGCGGAGGGUGGGCUGGAGGAGGACGCGAACACUAAGUGCUUGUUGGAAUCUAACAUGACCAAGCCGUAG